CUGGGCCAUGUUGUUACCUUUCGUUUGUCUCAGCGAAUUUUCCUAUUUUUCGAAAAGAAAGCAUUUCAACAUACUCACGAUUAAUGACAAUUCAUUGAUAUGUAUCUUAUGUAUGUUUUCUACGUUCAUUCAAAGCUGUUUUUAUGUAUUUUUUAUAAAUCACCAGACUUCCAUUCUACGGGAAAUAUGUCAUUAUGUUGUACACUAUGUUCAUUACACUAAUCAAGGUCAUGUUGCUGUUUUGUUUGUUUGCAUUGGCUUUCGGGACAACUUUCCAUCUUAUCAUCGAUCAGGAUCCAUUUACUUCACUUCCCAACAUUAUGAUGAACAUGUUUAUAAUGAUGCUUGGUGAGAUCAACUACGUGGAUACGUUUAUGCCCUGGGGAAAGCUUUUUUAUCCUUUCAUGGCAAAUUUAGUAUUGGUGCUGUUUUGUCUAACAAUGCCUAUUAUUCUGAUGAACAUGUUGGUUGGUUUGUCUGUUGGGGAUAUCGACGCCAUCGAGCGAAGUGCACUCAUCGACAGAUACGUUCUUCAGAUUUCAUUAUUACACAACCUCGAGGAGUCUUUUCCAAGAUGGCUUCUUCGAAAAGUUCAGAAAAAAUCCUUUAUUUACUUUCCCAACAAGACGCCUUCCAUACGAAAAAGGAUUUUCGAUGUACUCAUUGGCUUUGGUGAGGUUGAUACAGAAGAGAGCUCUGGAUCAGACGAAAAAGAACUCCACAAUAAAGUAGCUGAGCUGCAAGGAAAACUCGAUGAACAGUCACAUACUAUCGAUGACAUGAAAAGUACACUGACUCAAAUCUUUGACAUGAUGARAGAAGCUGAGGCAGCUAGAGAGAAAGAAGAGAGAGCAAAAGCCCAUAAAGCGAACCAAAAUGCUUUGCCCUCAUUGGACAUUGGUGGGUCUCUUGGUAUCUCUAUGCCAUUUGGUUCCAUUGCAGGCAUCGGUAKGCCAUUUGGCGCCAAGAAAAGCGAAGAGCCUACUCAAGAAUCGACAGACACAACUAGCGCAUAAUGUGAAAUCUCUCUUUUCUCUUCGAAUGGUUAUAAGGGUAAUGGACCAUAWUAUGUGGAAUAAUUCUUUAGCAUAAAGUGAUGUACGUCCACGAGGGACCACCCAUACAAAUAUCMCUGGCCUUUUUCAAAAGUAUCUGGGUUUUCARGGAUGCACUGCACUUAGUAUAUCAUGUCCCAAACUCAAAAUUAAGCCUUUCUCACAACUGCUCUGAAUCUGAGUAAACAGAUCAUACCUUGAUACAUAGUAGUAAAAAGCAUAAUAGAAUAUCAAUAAAAUUGUACGUUGGGAUUAA